ACACCGACGUCCAUCUGUAUCCGUAGGCACGAAUGAUAGCGUACCUACACUACUGCGUACCCGUCCGCAUCCACUGGAUAUCCCGGCCAACCCACACGCUUGCAGCAAGCAUAUCCAGGCGCAUUGGAUCCUUUCCAUUGCACCCCUGGCCCCGGUUCGCCUUUACGUCCCCUCACUCCUCUAGCCAGUCUUCUGUCCGGCCCUAAACCAAAGGCAACGCCGCAACAACAACGUCCCCUGCCAUUCCCGGCCCAGAAAGACGAGGACACACGCACAUCUCAAGGCUCAACCCCUACCGCACGGCAACUGCCACACUACCUAAUACGGGCCCCCUCGCCCUGGUCGUGUGUCUGUUGCUAUUGCUUGCCAGAGAGCCCAGACGUCGUCAUAUUCCCCAUAAACGCCCCCCCUACCCUUCAAGCAGAGGCAGUCGGGAGGAGAGAGAGGGAAAAAAAAAAAGAAAUAGUGGCACGCGCGCCAACGAAAAGCUGACCGACUGGGCUGGACCCCGACUUGUUCUCUUUACGUCCAAGUAGCCGACCUGGACGACUACACUUCGUACCAGUUCCAGUUCCCACUGCCCAGCUGCCCUGUCCUUGGGGCCCUUGCUUCAUCGCCAGGCCCAGCAUCGAGACCAAUUCUUCUCGUCUUUAGCUUGCGUCCCACCUAAGGUACGGUCCUCUGUACGAAGCACUCUAUCUGUAGAGUCUACAGUACAUAUACACCCAAAACUAGUCGUCUCGUGUCUCCCGCCCCUCCUCAUGCCCUGCCCAGGUACUUCCAUCCAGGACCACCACAAGUACCUUUUCUUUGGCCUGGCCACUUUCUUUCGUCCAACCUCACCGUCCACGGCCGCGGCGCACUGCUUUCACGCCUAGUCCAUCUGGCUGUCCGGGCUCUUCCUCCAGCCACUUGACCCAACUGGGACUGACACUGACGAUUACGACGAGCAACAAGAAGAAGUCGACGCCCGUCCUUCUUGGCUCCAAAGCCGAAAUACUGACCCUUUCCCCAAUCCAGCCGAGCACCACAGACAUUCAAGCAUCCUUCAGUUGCAACUUCCUCCCAGGUCCAACUUUCCAAGGUCUUGCCGCUUGUCGUCCAGACUAAAAAAACCGUCUUCCCCAGGUCCAUUUUCUGAUCCCGGGCGUGAUCUGCUUUUUCUUGGUCCAUAAUACCAUUCAUCUCUCUCAUCUCUUACCCUCGGACCUUACCUCCCAUCUCCCUCCCGUCUUGACGAUUCCUCCUUGGUCCUUUUCGUCCCUUUGGUCCCUCUGUCCAACCUCGCCUUGCCUCGCUGGAUCACGCCUUGACAGACAGGAACUCGGAAUACAGAGUACGGAGUAGAAGAGAGCACCAAAGAUUGCUUUCCAGACAGGAUCCAGCGACACUCCAAGCAAACACAAGCCGUCUAGGCGUCCUCCACUCCCUCUCCCAUCCCUCUCUCUUUCUCUUAUUCCACCCCUUCAUCACAUUCUUCCCAUAGCUUCUUUGACGCCCUCACCCUCUAUUUGCACCCCAAAGAGAGACACCCCCAACAAGGCAGUCCACAAUCCCGUUCUCCAAGGGACAGGCAAAAGACAAAAAACCAAGCAAAAUAGGUCACUCAGACAAGUCCGCCGACGCCCAGUGAUUCAGCCAGCUAGUCAGCCAGACCGCCAGCCGAAACCCACGAGUCGAGAGCCGGCACCAUUGCGACACUACCGCCUGAUUUCCAGACGGAUUCUAACCCUGCGGCGGCCACUACUGCUUAUUGCACCCACCGCCAAAAACAGUACAGCCUAACAAACACCAACCCAUUCUUCUAUCCUCCCAGGCUCCCCCUCCCCCCCUCGAGGCGCAAAUGUUUACACAACCAGUCGCAUCGCCACCGACCGUGGGCCCCGUGCCGACGUCUGUCACCAAUCCCGCUUCACCCUCAACACGAUCCAGUCGCCUGAGAGGCCUCAGCUAUCUCCGCAGCUACACUCAAAAUCAUAUUUUGUCCCGAGAACAUAGCAGCCAGGGCUCCAACUCUCCAACAUCAAACUCGCAUUCUCACGUCGCCGCCCACUCCCACUUUCACCACAACACCGGCACCAGCCCGCACUCUCAGACCCAAACUCAAACUCAAAAUCAAAACCACCACAGCAGUCGUUCGGGUUCUAGUCGCCCAACCCCCGGUCUGCAGCGUUCUCUCAGCUAUUCGCCUACUUCAACCCCUCGUCGCUCCGACACCGACGCCCAGCUGAACCCUCUGUCGCUCGUCGCCUCCCUACAGGAGUCCCCAUCAUCGUCAACUUCCUCCGCCAACAGGGCUUCCACCACGCCCUCUUCACCAGCCGUCGAGCGCCCGGCAGUGGAUGCACUCCCCUCUAUUCUCGACGACGUCAUUGCCAGCGGCAGCACCAGCAGCCAUAUACGGCAGCAAUCUGACCAGCAGCCGCAGUUGACCAACGACGCUGAAGCCGCGAACAUGACGAGAGCACGCGCCUCUACCACGGGCGAUGCCCCUGUCGCAGCCUCCCCCGCGCCCGAAAAUCUACCUUCGAUCCGAUUUUCUGCCUACUAUGAUCCCCGCGCGACACGUCCCAGCCUGACCUUCCCUCCUGUCUCGAGAACGCUGCCCUCAAACGGCGACAUCAUCAGGGUCGGCCGCUACUCUGAGCGGGAUAACCAGCCUAGCAUUCCCAACAACACCCCUUCGGCCGCGCCCGUUGGGUUCAAGAGCAAAGUUGUCAGUCGUCGCCAUUGCGAAUUUUGGUAUGACGAAGGUAAAUGGUACAUCAAGGAUGUCAAGAGCUCGUCCGGCACUUUCCUCAACCACAUUCGACUUAGCCCUCCGGGAACGGAAUCAAAGCCAUUUCCCGUCAACGAUGGCGACAUUGUACAGCUUGGAAUAGAUUUCAAAGGCGGCGAGGAAAUGAUCUUCCGCUGCGUCAAGAUGAGGCUGGAGCUGAAUAGAGGCUGGCAGAACAAGUUGAACACGUUCAACAUGGCGACGCACAAGCGCUUGCGGAACAUGACUGCAGCCAACUCGGCGAAUUCUUCGACGCAGGACUGCUCAAUUUGUCUCAACUCUAUCGCGCCGUGCCAGUGCUUGUUCGUGGCGCCUUGCUCGCAUACCUGGCACUUCAAGUGCAUUCGGUCUCUACUAAAUUCUCCCCAAUACCCCAUCUUUGUCUGUCCAAACUGCCGCAUGGCCGCCGACCUCGAAGCGGAUAUUGAGGACCCUGAGGAGGAUUGGGAGCAGAUGGAGGAAGAUGAGGAGCCCGAACAAAAACAACAGAAGCAGGAGGAGAAGGAGACUCCUGCGGCUGUCUCGACCGCGCCCUUGGCAGCUCCCGCAGCCGUGGUAAGCUCGAGACCUCAACUCCCUGAGAUUGGCACCGAUGACGAUGCCAUGGACGACUUCACGGUGGCCUUGGAUCGCGCCAGAACCGUCGCCGAAGCUCCAGAAGCAGCGCCGAGAACUGUGGCACCCCAUACAUCCAUCCCACCUGUUCCGAUCCCAGCAGUCGGCAUAGCCCAGACAACUGCACCGCGAAGCGGUCGAGAUACCCGCACUCCCUCACCCAUUGGUAACCAUUUGGUCAACGCUACUGAAGGUCCUAUUACCCCGCGUAACGAUGCUGGGCCAUGGGUCUUUGACGGUAGUGCUGGGCGUCGUGCUGCCGAGGCAUCGAGUGGAAUGCGAAGCCUUGAUGCUGCCGCCGAGAUGGAGGUUGACCGGUAGAGCCGGUACAGACGUUUACGCAGAGGCAUGGCAGGGAGAGACCGAACUACCGGCCUGAAGCAUAGGUCAAGUUUUGUCCCCCAGGCAUAGAGUGACGCACCCUCACGGAAACGUAUGCGUCAACUACGAAGACGGCAAAAGACGGAGAGGAGAAAUGCGUUAUACGUUGCGCAGGAUUCAGUGAAUAAGUUGCAUGAGCGAAGGCGUGGAACGGUGUAUGGCGUUUGAAUGCAUUGUGGGUCGUUGUAUGCCAGCCAUAGCGAAGCAGAGCUAUGGUGUUAUUUCUCGACUCGGUUUACGGAGGCGGGCUCAAUGGAAGGGCUGGCAUUUUCUGUUUCAGUUACGACAGCGGCUUCUAUAUGAAUCAGGGAGAUCCGCAAGCCAGAAGACGGAUUCAUAGCAUUCUUCUAAUACAGAGUUGACGAGCGUUUAAUACUCG